CAAAAAUGUUAGGUCGUUUAACGCCUGGCGCUUGCGCCCAGGUGACCAUGGUGGUUAACCAACAGCAGAACCGUAACAUGGCUACUUUGAAAGCUAUUUCUAUGCGUCUGAAGUCUGUAAAGAACAUUCAGAAAAUAACACAGUCCAUGAAGAUGGUAUCAGCUGCGAAGUACACUCGUGCUGAACGUGAACUGAGGGCGGCUCGUCCAUACGGCGAAGGUUCAGUGAUGUUUUAUGAAAAAGCGGAGGUAGCACCCCCAGAAGACGAGCCGAAAGAACUGUACGUCGCCAUAACCUCAGAUAGAGGUAAAAAAAUGCAAAGUCCCCUUUUUUACAGUAAUUUUAAAUGUAUAAAAUGCACUUGGUGAACUGUAAGGGACAGAAUGUGGUACUAUAAGGUUCACCAUCACCAUUACAGUCCUUCACAACUCCACUACUGACUGGCCGAUAGACGACAUCUACAUCUGUCAUCCUCGUUUGCGCAUCAAAAUGCAUGCAUGUUGCAAUGCAUGUUGUCAGCUGUGAGAACUAAGAUGGAAUGUUUUCCAGUAAAAAAGGGUCUCUACUGGUCUACAAUCACCAUGAGAAACACAGCAGCAUUAAUAGCACCUAACGUACCUAUGUCGGUAGUUGUUGGGAGCACUAAGCUCGAAGUUGUUGAUGAGUAUGUUUACCUGGGACAAAUAGUCCGACUAGGUAAGUCCAACUUCGACCGAGAGGUCAAUCGACAGAUUCAAUUCGGCUGGGCAGCGUUCGGGAAACUACGACACAUCUUCUCGUCAGGUAUACCUCAAAACCUGAAAAUGAAAUUGUACGAGUGCGUGUUGCCAGUGAUGACUUACGGAUCUGAGACGUGGUCCUUCACUGCUGGCCGUAUGAGGAAGCUCAAGGCCGCUCAGCGAGCUAUGGAGAGGGCUAUGCUCGGGGUGUCUCUGCGUGAUAAACUUAGAAAUGAGGAUAUCCACACUAGAACCAGAGUAACCGACAUAGCCCAACAGAUUAGUAAGCUGAAGUGGCAGUGGGUCGGCCAUAUAGCUCGAAGAACCGACAACCGAUUGGGAAGAAAGGUUCUCGAGUGGCAGCGUCGUACCGGUAGGCGAAGUGUAGGGUGACCCCCACUAGAUGUAGUGACGACCUGGUAAGAUAUGCAGGAAGUCGAUGGAUGCAGGUGGCUCAUGACCGUGCUUUGUGGCACUCCUUGGGGGAGGCCUAUGUUCAGCAGUGGACUUAUGAAAGGCUGUAACGAUGAUGAAUGAUGAUUCUGUGAGAGUGUGGUCCUUCCUCCAUAGAGCCGACACAUUUGUGCUUCAACUAUACAAUUAAUAUAGCUUCAGCAUGACUCUACCACGUUUAAUAUUGGCAAAAAGUGUCUGUCUCAUUCUUUCGCAGGCUAAAUCCUAUAUAUGUAUAUCUUUGUCUCUUUUUAGUGUCGCUUUUUCGUUUCACCAAGUUUCAAAUAACAACGAUUUUGAAGAAGUUUUGAUUUCAAAAACUCAAAAUCUGUGGUUACCAUCUUGCCUGCCAAACUUGAUAACUUCACAAUAUAUUGGGAGGCCUGUGUUCAGUGGAAUUUCUUAGAAUGUAAUGAAUACAUUUCUAUAGCUUUCUAUUAGUGUUAAAGAUUUCUAGAAAUAAACUUUACUAAUUCUGCUGGUUUUCACUGUCUGAAACAAUAGAAAAUUCGAUCUAGAAUCACUUCAUUUCAACAGCAUUAUAUUCUAAUUAAUACAAAUAACAGUUUUAGUCUAAUUAAAAUAUUAAACAAAUAAAUGGAUUAGUUAGAUUAAGUAAAAACAUAGUCUGUUGGUAGCGUGUCCAGAAGAGUUUAGUUGCUUCAUUGUAUUGCGAGGAUAUUCCACUGACCAAAGUAUCUGUCAGCCUUUAGGUCACAUUGAUAAGGCGUGACAAGAUAUCCCUGUACAAACUUCUUGCUUCAGGUCCCUACGGACCUAGCACUUCUACAUCAAAUAACACAAACAUGUAUCCUUCUCCGAGGACAGUAUAUUUGCACUGCUUGUUAGACUCCGCAACAGCAGAAGCCGCGCCAGUCGACAGACGAUGUUAAUUGAAAUUUGAGUGCUCAGUGAAGAAGGAAAACGUCGUGAGAAUACCUAUACCUGUACAUCUGAGAUAUUUAGACAUAUUUCGGAAAUCUGCAAACUUACACUGGAAUAUCGUGGCGGACUCUACUAACUCCUCAUACUCUUGGCUCUUGUUGCUGUGGGGCGUAAUAAAGAGUAACAAACUUAAAAGUAACAAACUCUUGCUAUGCCUUGUUCCCAGGUCUCUGCGGCGCAGUGCACACCGGUGUGUCUAAAGUGAUUCGUAACCGUCUGAGCGAGCCCGGAGCAGAGAACAUCAAGGUGAUCUGUGUGGGAGACAAGUCGCGCGCUAUCCUGCAGCGAUUGUACGGGAAGCACAUCAUUAGCGUGGCUAAUGAGAUUGGUCGCCGUCCCCCAACUUUCCUCGACGCUGCUAAGCUAGCGAAUGCAAUCCUGACCUCGGGCUAUGACUUUGGCUCGGGAAAAAUUAUCUACAACAAAUUCAAGUCUGUGGUUUCUUACUCCCAGGCUAACCUGCCCUUGUACAGCCAGAAGGCUGUUGAGGUAAGACAUUUUUUUUUUAAUUUUAAUUAGAGAGGUAUUAAAAAAUAUAAAGUUUAUUGCUAAUGUUUUCAAUGACAAGCCUAUAUUUGUCUCACUGCUGGGCUUGAAAUACUUAUUGGAGAGACUUCUGCAAUGACUUGAUGACAGGAUGGACUAGUUUAGAAUUCAUACUUGAGUACAAUAUAUGGAAAAUUCAGAUGAUAUCAGAAUGAGAGUAUGUGAUAACUCGAAACGACCAUAGCCUAAUGGUUAAGGAUGUGGUGUCUUGGAAAGUCAUGUAUUCGAAUCCGCCAUUCGACUACUGUCAUGGCACAAGCAGUUUAAGCUUACUUGUAUAGGUUACCCGAAGUAUUAGUAAUGUUAAUAUAGUGUUGCUAGUUCUUGGAUAGUAUUAUUGACUGUCUCGUUGGUCUAGUGAUUGUAGUAGUGCGACCGCUGAUCCCGGGUUCGAAGCCCGAGUUGGACCAAAAAAAACAUUUAUUGAGUUUUUCCAUCAAGAAAUUCUCAGUAGAUGCCAGGAGUCAGGAAGUUGGCGGUGUCUCACCCCCGUGCCUCAGAAAGUACGUAAAGCCGUUGGUCCUGCGCCUGAUCUCUCUCCGGUCGUGUCGGACUGCCGUCCCAUCGGACUAUGAGAGUGAUGGAAUACAAAGUGCACCUGUGCUUGCGCAUACACUUGGGCACUAUAAUCCUGUCCGUUGAGCCUGACCGCUGUGACCGAAAUUCGAUCUGGAAGACAUUACCCUUGGCUAGUGUUUGAAUUUGGAAUAUUUAUAUGGUAAAAUUUCUAGACAAGCUUUCAACCUUAGACCUACCACAGAUCUGUUUUAAUUUUAAAAUGGGAAUUUAACUGGGAUGCUUCAGGUGAACACCUGUACUGUGACAUGUAGUAAUGGUACAGACAUAAGCUAGUAAUACCAGUUACUCGACUCCACCGAGUUAGUAAUUCAUUCUUGGAGCGAUGUAUAUGCUUUACAACAAAACCCCAGAAAAUAUACAAAAUUUGAGCUGCUCAAGGUUCAAUAACUUUAUUAAACUAAGUUUUAAAAAAAGGGUUAUUAUAAUAUGAAGGAAUUGAUGGAUUAUAAUAACCCUUGGGAAUGAGGUGAUCGCUACCAAGCUAUUUCUAAUUUGUUUUGUGUUGUUAAUUUGUGUAACAUACAUGAUUGUAAGCUGUUAUUCAAAAAAAGUCCCGCUGGGUUUCUUACUGGUUUUUCCCAGGACAGAGGUUUUUUUUUUCGAACCAGUGGUAAUUAAACAAAAGAGCGACUUUCAAUAAGUAUCAUUUAUAAACUAUAUUGAAUAAAAAGAUUCUGUUUUUGUUACAAAUAGAUACAUUUUAUACUUAGAUCUAAUGAAUUUCGAACCGAACCAUUUGCUUUGUCAUUUGUAAUGCGAAUAGCAAAGUGCAUUUAUUUUUAAGCAUCUGUCUUUCCUUGUGAUUGAAAUGUUGGUGUCAUCUAAAUCUCUGUGUUGUGAUUGAACCUUACAUUAGGGUAGUCAGACACUAGCCAAAGAAAAAUUACUUUAAACAAUUGGGCGACUUUUCGUUACCUUACCCCAUUUUUUGGCGAAUUGGACUAAAAUGGACUUGGCAACACUGUUGCCAUUGGUGAGUCUUUACAACACCAACGGGACAAAAUUAAGUGAUAGAUUCUCUUAAAGAUAUAUGUAGAUAAGGUUUCUAAUUUAUUACAUUUCAUUUCAGUCUGCACCAAAACUCGCAAUUUACGACUCUCUGGACAGCGAUGUUCUGCAGUCUUACAUGGAGUUCUCUCUCGCUUCCAUGGUGUUCUAUGCAAUGAAAGAAGGCGCCUGCUCUGAACAAUCAUCCCGUAUGACCGCUAUGGACAACGCUUCUAAGAACGCAGGAGAGAUGAUUGAGAAACUCACCCUCACCUUCAACAGGACCCGCCAGGCUGUCAUCACCAGGGAACUCAUUGAGAUCAUCUCUGGUGCUGCCGCUUUGGAAUAGAAAGUUAUGUUACUCGGAAUCGUUUGGACACGGCCAUCUUGAAUCUAAAAUGUAUAAGCAAAAGUGUCAUUUGUCAUUUAUAAACAUUCUAUUUAUUGUUUUUUUAUAUUAUUUUUAUGCGUAAUCAAAUGUCUACAAAUGAUUUCGAGAUAUUUAUUUGUAACUGCCGACCUUCAUAGCUAGUAUACAGGUGCCCACAUUCCCGGAACAGUGUUUGAGUGGAUCGGUGGAAUUACACGCAUAACUCAAACUGGCUUCAACACCAUUCGCCGGUGCGCUUGGACACGUUCAAAGGUCGUUCGUCAUUGAAACAGUGUUAUGUUAUGGAUGAAGUGGUGGUUAGCAAUAAAGUAUUAUAAUA